CCGGGAGGCGGGGGCCGUGGGGCCGCCAUGGACCAGUACUGCAUCCUGGGCCGCAUUGGCGAGGGCGCGCACGGCAUCGUCUUCAAGGCAAAGCACGUGGAGACUGGAGAGAUCGUGGCUCUGAAGAAGGUGGCCCUGCGGCGGCUGGAGGAUGGCAUCCCCAACCAGGCGCUGCGGGAGAUCAAGGCCCUGCAGGAGAUUGAGGACAACCAGUAUGUGGUGCAGCUGAAGGCCGUGUUCCCACAUGGUGCGGGCUUCGUGCUGGCCUUCGAGUUCAUGCUGUCAGAUCUGGCUGAAGUGGUGCGCCAUGCACAGAGGCCUCUGGCCCAGGCGCAGGUGAAGAGCUAUCUGCAGAUGCUGCUCAAGGGUGUUGCCUUCUGCCAUGCCAACAACAUAGUACAUCGGGACCUGAAACCGGCCAACCUGCUCAUCAGUGCCUCGGGUCAGCUCAAGAUAGCAGACUUUGGCCUGGCCCGCGUCUUCUCCCCAGAUGGUAACCGCCUCUACACACACCAGGUGGCCACCAGGUGGUACCGAGCGCCUGAGCUGCUGUAUGGUGCCCGCCAGUAUGACCAGGGCGUUGACCUGUGGGCUGUGGGCUGCAUCCUGGGGGAGCUGUUGAAUGGAUCUCCCCUCUUCCCUGGGGAAAAUGAUAUCGAACAACUUUGCUGUGUGCUUCGCAUCCUGGGCACUCCCAGCCCUCAAAUCUGGCCGGAGAUCACGGAGCUACCUGACUACAACAAGAUCUCCUUCAAGGAGCAGGCACCUGUGCCCCUGGACGAGGUGCUGCCCGAUGCCUCUCCCCAAGCCUUGGACCUGCUGGGGCAGUUUCUCCUUUACCCGCCAGGCCAGCGCAUCGCCGCCUCCCAGGCCCUCCUGCACCAAUACUUCUUCACCGCCCCCCUGCCUGCCCACCCGUCGGAGCUGCCUAUUCCUCAGCGCCCAGGAGGCCCUGCCCCCAAGUCCCAUCCAGGCCCCCCUCAUGUCCAUGACUUCCAUGUGGACCGGCCUCUCGAGGAGUCAUUGUUGAACCCAGAGCUGAUUCGGCCCUUCAUCCCAGAAGGCUGACUCGGGCCAGGCCCCUGAUCUAUCCCCAGGACCACGGCCUCUGUUCCUCUGCUCCUGCCUGAUUUGGUCUUUCACAGCCUACUACUGCCACGCUGAACCACUCCAUAUCUGCUCCGCUUCUGCCCCAGCAGGCAAGAGGACAUCUGGCCUCAGUAGAGCAAGACACCGGUGGCCUGUGCUGCUGGCCUCCCAUCUGUGCCACGACUGCCCCUCAGGAAGAGCUCUCUUGCUACUGUGCAGGGACCACCCAUGCUGAGGGGCAAUGCCUGUGUGGUGCUAUUUUUCCAGGCUCUGCCUUCCUGCUCAGGGACAGUUAUUUUGGGGCCAUCUGGGAGGGUGGGGUGCCGCAGAGUGUACGAUGCCCUCCGUUGGCAACACAGGUGGAAAGGAAGGCUUGGUUUGAUUUUGUUCUUGGAGACAUUAAACACUAGUUCAGUUUUAAGGUUAUAAAAACCCCAAGUAUCUCUGUCUGGUGUCUGUUCCUCUUUAGGGCUGAGGUGGCAUUGUCACCAGGAAAAUGGCCCCAUUUAUGACCACAUUCGUUCUGGGAGCUUCAUAGCAUGGAGUUCCCAUUUGGAGGAGAGGUAGCAGAAGUCAAGGCUUAGGGAUAGCUCACGUUGGAGGCCAACACAUUAAGGCAGUUUACCAACAUUUGCACCCUCGCCGUAAGGGUGGGCCAGGACCAGAUGUGCUACUGCCUUACUCAGGGAUACCAAGUGAACAGGGGACAAGCAUUCCUAGAACACAUUUGUUCAAUAAAUACAUUAUAAUCCCAACUGACUCUUGUUCUUAUUU